AUGGCUCCAAAUGAAGCCCAUCAGUAUAUAGGAAUUAUUUGGUUACUUCGGUAUUUUAGGUGGACAUGGGUUGGGCUCUUUGUUGUGGAUGAUAACAGUGGUGAGCAAUUCUUGCAGACUCUAGAAUCACUCUUUUCCCAGAAUGGGAUCUGUUCAGCUUUUACCAAGAGAAUUCCACAACAAGCCCAUUUUGAUACUUUUGGUGACUUUUUUGCCACUUCUUCAAGUAUAUAUGUACCUUUCAAAAGUAUAAAACCCAGUACAUUUAUCAUGUAUGGAGAAUCGUUGACAAUUUCUUUGUUCAUAACUUUUAUAUUUGUCCAAGAUGCUUUAAAUCAAGAAAACACAGUAUUUGGGAAAGUGUGGAUUAUGACAACCCAGAUUGAUUUUAUCCUAACAGGCCUUCAAAGGGGUUUUGAUUAUCAGCUGUUCCAAGGCUCCAUUUCCUUCACGGUUCACUCAAAAGAACCUCUAGGGUUCACAGAAUACCUUUGGGUCACAAAACCUGAUUGGACACAAGGAAAUGGCUUUCUCAAGAACUUCUGGGAGCAAGCAUUUGACUGUUUGUUUCCAGAUCCAAAGCUGCCUAUGAAUGUCAAUGAAACAUGUACAGGAGAGGAGAGGCUGGAGAGCCUUUCUGCAGCUCUUUUUGAUGUUCACAUGACCGGCCACAGCUACAGUAUCUAUAAUGCUGUUUAUGCUUUGGCUCAUGCAUUGCAUACCAUGUACUCAUCUGGAUCAAAGCUGGGAUGUAAUUACAUUGGACCUCAGUCUCUGCAGCCUUGGCAGCUCCACCCAUUUCUGCAAGGCAUUUCAUUUAACACUUCAGCUAAUGAAGCUGUCUCCUUUAAUUCUAAAAGGGAAAUGAGAGGUGGCUUUGAUAUAUUGAACAUGGUCAUAUUUCCAAACAAGUCCUUCAAGAACGUGAAAGUUGGCAGGGUGGAUCCCUAUGAUCCGGAAGGAAACAAAUUCUCCAUUAAUAAAGAUAUAAUUGUGUGGCACAGAUAUUUUAACCAGGUGCUUCCUUUUUCUGUGUGCAAUGACUAUUGCCAACCUGGUCAUCAGAAGAAAAAGAAGGAAGGGGAAAAGUUUUGCUGUUACGAUUGUGCUCCAUGCCCAGAAGGGAAGAUUUCAAACCAGACUGAUAGGGAUGACUGUUUCCAAUGCCCAGAAGAUCAGUAUCCAAGCAAGAAUAAAAAUGGAUGCAUCCCCAAAACUAUCCAUUUUCUCUCUUAUGAAGAACCAUUAGGAACCACUUUAGCCUCAGUUGCUGUUUCUUUUUCCCUAAGCACUGCUUUGGUGCUAGGAAUUUUUAUUAAAUGCAAAGACACUCCCAUAGUCAAAGCCAACAACCAGGACCUCACCUACACUCUCCUCGUUUCCCUCCUGCUCUGCUUCAUCUCCUCUUUGCUAUUCCUUGGCCAGCCUGGGAAGGUGACCUGCCUUUUCCGACAACCCACUUUUGGCAUCAUUUUCUCAAUUGCUGUUUCUUGUGUACUUGCCAAAACCAUCAUUGUUGUUGUCGCUUUCAUGGCUACUAAACCAGCUUCAAGCAUGAGAAAAUGGGCAGGGAAAACGUUGUCCCAUUCUAUUGUCCUUUGUUGUUCUUUUAUUCAAGUGAGUAUUUGUACUGUAUGGCUGGCAAUCUCUCCUCCAUUCCCUGAUUUAGACAUGCACUCUGUAUCUGAAGAAAUCAUUGUACAAUGUAAUGAAGGCUCAGUCGCCAUGUUUUACUGUGUCCUGGGCUACAUGAGUCUUCUGGCCAUCACCAGUUUCAUUGUGGCAUUCCUUGCACGCAAGUUACCUGAUGCUUUUAACGAAGCCAAAUUCAUUACCUUCAGCAUGUUGGCAUUUUGCAGUGUGUGGGUCUCCUUUGUUCCAACCUACGUGGGCACAAGAGGCAAAGCCAUGGUGGCUGUGGAGGUCUUCUCCAUCUUGUCUUCCGCUGCUGGUGUGCUGUGUUGUAUCUUCCUCCCUAAAUGCUACAUCAUUGUGCUGAGGCCUGAGCUGAACAGCCGGGAGCAACUAAGGAAAAAAAAUUAA